UUCAGUCUAGAGGGAGACGCCGCGCCGCACGCACGCACGCGCCGAGAGGGAGCUCCGUGCCGCCAACCACCCCGCAGCCUCUUCGAAGCCCAGGAACGUGGAACCGAGUGAAUCACAACGCCAAGAGUGAGUGCCUGUGCGCGUGUCCAUUUAUGCGGGGCACGACAUUAAAAUCUGCCAGUGACCCAUAAAAGGAAAAAACAGAUAAAAGCAGUAAGAGAGAAAAAGUAAUAAAAGGCGUGGAAAGAGAGUCCAAAGAGGUGAUACACGACAGCCAGCGCCCCAGGAACAGCCGGCUCGCGUCGAGGAGGAGAAGGGGCGUUGCCUUCGAGGAGCACCUUCUUGAAAACUGACAAAAUGCUGGUGCCGCGGAGCUUGUGGGCGCUGAGCGUGCUGCUGGUGGGCGUGGCGAGCAGCGACGACCGAUGGGUGUGGGGCAAGAGCGACAACCACCCCAAGGCGUCGCGGAUUCCCGGCUACGUUGAGCCCACCACGUCCGCGCCGCCCGCCACCACUUUCCGGCCGCGGCUGCCGCCCUCCGAGCGUCAGCGCCACUUCAAGAGCAUCACCGCCCACCCGUUCUUCCUGGGGCCGUACCCGCCCUUCAGCUUCGUGCCCGUGGGAGGGCCCCGCGGAGGCCCCCCGGCGCCACCUCGCGACGACGACGGCACCACCAAGAGCCGCGUGACCGCCGACACGGCCCACGACGACCAGCACGGCGCCGUGCUCGACGCCGACGACAAAUACACGACUCUGGACCGCCUGCAGAGCGAGCGGGGCGCGCCGCCGCCGCUGCCGCGCCCGCGCCCGCACCAGCUGGGCGGCCUCCAUCCUGACGAGGUCUUCUACGCCGACGACGACCUCCUCAUCAUCAAGGGCGGCGGUUUCAACUCCGACGUGUUCCAAGACCCGCCGCAAACGCUCGACGACGACGAGCGCUACGAGCUGGAGCCGUCGCGGCUGCGGCCCGUGUCGGCGGCGCUGCACGACCGCGAGUACAACGGCAACGUGCCCGCCUUCCUGCCGCCGCCCGACCACCAGCGCCCCUUCUCCGUGUUCGUGGAGGGCGCCUCCACCAACAACCACAUCUUCGUGCCCUACGUGUACCCCCGCCCAGAACGUUCCACGGGCCGUCCCGCGCCAGUGCCCCAGCCCAGCUCGAGCUGGCACCCGGUCGCUCAUUACGUGUACCCCGUCCCGGCCGUGCCUUUCAUCCUGCCUGCCCCGUCAGCGUCCCUGGUAGUGGCCCCGAGGCCCUCGCCGGCGGCCACGGCCCCGGUGUCCAACCAUCUUCCGGAGCCCGUGGAGGACUUCGGCGGCGUCGUGCGGCGCGGCCACCCCCUGGACAGCGACAUCAACGUCAACUUCGGCCCGAACACCCCGCCCAUCAACCCCCUGGCGGAGACCAUCAGACGGCGUGGGCUGCACCCUAGACUGUGAGCGCUGCGGGCCGAGGGCGACCUUGUUUGCGAGGGACCAUUUGCGGGCGGCCUCACGCCCCGCUGGCCAUAUCAAUGGGGAAUCUGAUCCGGACCGGAUUGCCAUCUCCACGAAGGGCCCUGCAUAGUGCGACCGUGUUUACGAUGGAGCUCAGGCUGCCACGACCUUGCCGGCGAGAAAGGUCCACACUGAUAACCUUGGACGACCAGACAUCAUCUAAACACGUUUGUCUGCGCAGCGCUGCCUAAUCCAAUCGUAGAGUCUCGCAGCAGUCUCUCCCGGCGGCGAAAACUCUGCCAACGUGCGCAAAGAAACGUUCAAGGUAGCCCACCCAGCGGCGCCCAUCGCACGGCCUAACAGCAAACCACACGACGAAUCACGAGCCACACGAGCCAGCCGCGUUGGAAGCCCUCUCGCGGAAAAGAAGAAUCUCCUUAGAAAACGUCCCUCGCGAAAAGGACCGUGCCGACCCAAGCCCUUGCAGAGGACAACGAAGAGGUGUUGCCGCCUUCCUGAAGGAGGGAGGGGGGAGGGGAGGGAAAAGGGAAAGGGGAAGGGAGAGGGGUAGGGGAUGGGAAGGGGUAGGGGUACGACGAGGGAGGGGAAAGGGGGAGAGGGAAAUCUCUCGGUUGAUGCAAAGUGUAUACGGAUCACACAAGUUGUUUGUUACUUUCUGUAUUCUGGUUUAUAUAUAUGAAUUUAUGGAGACCCUACUAUUACAGCUAUAAAGAACCA